AUGGACGCCUCCUCCCUCCGCAUCUCCAAGUUCGAUGGAACUAACUUCCACGCCUGGAAGUUCAAGAUGCAGAUGGUGCUGGAGGAACGGGACCUAUGGGAGGUCGUCAGCGGUGAGAUCAAGGCGGAACAGUGCGAGACUCAGUUGGACCAAGCGACGUACAAGAGGAAGUCAAGAAAGGCGAUGGCAGUGAUCUGUCUAGCCAUGGAAGAUUCCCAGCUACCGUUGGUCCGGUCGGCAAGUGGUGCAUGCGACGCAUGGUCAAGGUUGGAAGACCACUUCGAGAAGAAGAGUCUUGCCAACAAGCUGUUCUUGCGCCGUCGCUUCUUCACGACAAUGAUGGAAGAAGGCGACGAUGUGCUCGAACACAUCAACAAGCUCAAGACGCUGGCGGAACAGCUAGAAGCGGUGGGGGCUCCAGUCUGCGAGGACGAUCUGGUGAUCACACUUCUCGGCAGCCUGAGUGACUCGUAUCAAUUCUUGAUCACAGCUUUGGAGUCGCGCUCAGACACUCUUAGCUGGGAGCUCGUGACGUCUCGACUGCUUCAUGAAGAAAUGAAGCGGAAGGAGCAAGGAAGUAAAGGUGAUGAAGCUUCGCAAGGUCAAGCGUUCAUCACAAGGGACAAUCAGCGCAAAGGGCGACCAGUGAAGAAGUCCUGGCCGUGCCACAAUUGCGGAAAGAUUGGUCACUGGAUGGCGGAGUGCCCCUCGCGCAUCCAAGAAAACACGGAGAGACACCGGCCACAGCGUGCUCAAGACAGCGGCGACCGCUAUCGAUCACAACGUGCAAACGUCGCUCAAGAAGAAGACUCGGGCGACUACCUCUUUUCGAUCGGUGAAACGACAUCUGCGAAAUCGAGCGACAUCUGGCUGGUCGACUCCGGGGCGACGCAGCACAUGACGUGCUCCAAGAAGUUCAUGCGGAACUACAAGGGGUUUGACGCUGUGGAUGUCCAUCUCGCGGAUGAUGGAAUCUGA